UCUCUGUGAAACCGGUCUGCGAAGUGAGCUUCACUUCUUCGAUUCGAGCACGGGACAUCGACAGGGUUUUAGAUCGAGGUUUUUGGUUUGUGCAUUCGAUUCUGCUUUCCAUAGCCAGUCGACAUGGAGGCCUUGGCAUGCAGAGGGUUGACCGCCACUGUGUCUCAGCAGUGGUCCGGCCUGAAGAAAGUCACCAAGGAUGUGGGUGCCACUGCCGCGCCUUCUGGUGCUGUCCACAAAUCGUCUUCUAGGGCGGUGAGAAUGACUCUCUCUGUCGAGAAGAAGGCCUACACCACCCAAAGAUCGGAGGAGAUUUUCACCGCUGCAAAGGAGCUGAUGCCCGGCGGUGUGAACUCCCCGGUCAGGGCGUUCAAGUCUGUCGGUGGUAAUCCCAUCGUGUUCGACCGUGUUAAGGGUUCUCGAUGUUACGACGUCGAUGGCAACGAGUACAUUGACUACGUGGGAUCAUGGGGACCAGCCAUUCUCGGACAUUGUGACGAUCAGAUCAAUGCUGCAUUGAUCGAAACCUUGAAGAAGGGUACCAGCUUUGGUGCACCGUCUUUCCUGGAAAACCAGUUGGCAGAGCUGGUCAUCGAGGCGGUUCCAAGUGUGGAAAUGGUUCGAAUGGUGAACUCUGGAACCGAAGCUUGCUUGUCCAUGUUGAGGCUGGUGAGGGCAUACACCGGUCGCGAGAAGAUUCUGAAGUUCGAGGGUUGCUACCACGGCCAUGCCGACUCUUUCCUCGUCAAAGCUGGAAGCGGUGUUGCCACUCUGGGUUUGCCAGAUUCUCCCGGAGUGCCGAAGUCCUCCACGGCGAACACAUUGACUGCUGCUUACAAUGAUAUCGAAGCAGUGAAGCAGGUCUUUGCAGACUACCCCGGAGAGAUUGCUGCUGUCAUUUUGGAACCUGUUGUCGGAAAUGCUGGGUACAUCGCCCCCAGAAUUGAGUUCCUGAAAGCUUUGAGGGAGAUCACCAAGGAGAGUGGUGCUUUGCUUGUGUUCGACGAGGUCAUGACUGGAUUCCGAAUUUCGUACGGAGGUGCGCAAGAGUACUUUGGUGUCACUCCCGACAUCACCACCAUGGGAAAGGUAAUCGGUGGUGGACUUCCGGUGGGAGCCUACGGUGGCAGAAGGGAAAUCAUGGAGAUGGUUGCUCCAGCUGGCCCAAUGUACCAGGCUGGAACUUUGAGUGGAAACCCUCUGGCUAUGACAGCAGGUAUCGAGACUCUGAAGAGACUCAAGGCCCCAGGUACCUACGAGCAGCUGGAAAGGAUCACCAAAAUGUUGGUCACUGGAUUGCAGGCAGCAGCUGAUGAAGCUGGUAUCGAGUUCUGCUCUGGAAACAUCAGAGGAAUGUUCGGGUUUUUCUUCCAAAAGGGCCCAGUGUUCAACUUUGAAGACGCAAAGAAGAGCGACACCGCCAGGUUUGCUAAGUUCCACCGAGGCAUGCUCGAGAGGGGUGUAUACCUCGCUCCAUCUCAAUACGAGGCUGGAUUCACCAGCUUGGCACACACGGAAGAAGACAUCGCUUUCACCAUUGCUGCUGCUAAGGAAUGUUUCAAAACUCUUUAAGUGCUUAGAUGUAGAUUUUGUUUACUUGUACUAAAACCGAAUGGGUCUAGGAAUAUCAAGGCUCUCGGUCGUGCAUGUUGUCGCGGAGAGAGGAGCCUUUAGAGGAUGUGAGAUAAAAUUCUUCGAGGAACACGUGUCUCGUACCGUCCGUCCGUAGGGUACAUGUAUACCCAUUAGGGAACGCGCGAGAGCAUGCAAUUCAAAUUUUGUCAGUGAAGCUAUUCAGGAACACUUCCGAUUGUGGGAAUCCCAGAGUCCCAAUAGUACUGUCGAUUAACGUCAGCUGUAAUUUACCCAGGACUUGCCAGCUCUUAUAUUCUGCUCCAAGAUACUUUGUACUCUAAUUAUAUGUUAAAAGGUUUGGGUCUUCGGCCUCCACGUCCAAAGCUUCACUCUGUUCACCAGGUUUUGAUUUUGUGUUCAGAAUGAGACCUCAAAAGACUUUGUUGCG